AUGUCUUGUUUAAUUCACGUUGGGUGUGCUGUGCUGGCAAUGACAGUGUUUCUUUCCUCAGCUCAGAAGUUGGAUGUUACCGGCGACAAUGUUUGCCAGAUACAAAAAACUAUGAAAUACACCUACAGUACAGAGAGACACGUUGGCUUUGAAGAGUACGAUAAAAUAUGUGAACACAAUGGACGUCCUUACAAUUGCACGGGUUACAGGCGGCUUUACGGGAUAGUGUAUCGCCUUGCGUACCGUAUGGAACCUGACACGGAGUGUUGCGAAGGCUGGCAACGAUCUCACCCUAAUGAUACACAAUGCUCACAACCUGUCUGUCGUUAUACAUGCGUUCAUGGACGCUGUAUGAUUGAUCAAUAUGGCGCCAAGUCAUGUGACUGUGAUCUUGGUUACUAUGGUUCCGCCUGUCACGCCGAAUGCCCGAAUGGACGAUUCGGUUCUGGUUGCCAAGGCGUCUGUAACUGUCCUGUAGAUUCUGUGUGCAACCGAGUUGACGGUUCAUGUAUAUGUAAACACGGCUUGACUGGUACCGGAUGUGACAUUCCGUGCGAUUCCACUCACUAUGGCCCGAAUUGCUCUCAGACUUGCGACUGUAAGAAUGGCGCAUCCUGUGAUCGUUUCCAUGGUAACUGCGUGUGUGGACCAGGUUGGAUCGGACCGAGAUGCGACCAACCCUGUCAGAGCGGAUUUUAUGGGGACCGAUGUGAUAGCAGAUGCCGUUGCUAUAACAACGCACCAUGUGACCCGAUUGAUGGCGCGUGUCAGUGCACUGCCGGAUGGAUGGGUACAUAUUGUACGGCACCCUGCCCUGAGGGGCGUUAUGGCGCAGACUGUAAAUACGUGUGCCAGUGCUCACAGCACGCAACGUGUGACAGAUAUGAUGGAUGUCAAUGCCAUACAGGGUGGAUGGGCACACACUGCAAUGAAACGUGCCAGCGUGGUUACUAUGGCGAUGGAUGUGUAAACAAAUGCAAUUGUCCACAUGGAGUACCAUGUGACCCUGUCAACGGCGCGUGUACUGAAUGCCCAGAUGGUAGCUAUGGUUACCAAUGCAAACAAGUGUGUGAAUGUCAAAACAACGCCAAGUGUGAUUCAAUUGACGGGUCAUGUGACUGCCCUGCUGGUUGGACAGGAAGAUCAUGUGACGUGAGAUGUGACGAAAUGCAUUAUGGACCCAAUUGUGAGUCGACGUGUAUUUGUCAAAAUGGUGGCAUUUGCGAUGCUGUUGAUGGACGCUGUACAUGUAUGCCGGGAUGGAAGGGUGAGGACUGCGCUAGCAGAUGUGCUAUUGGCUACUAUGGGCGCGGCUGUUCCAAGAAGUGUCGGUGCCGAAAGUUGACAAUGUGUGACCCCGUCUCCGGCAAAUGCAAAUGUGAUCCAGGGUACCGUGGGCGUCGCUGCAACAAACCUUGCAAAACAGGUUACUAUGGAGAUUGUCGGCAGAGAUGCAAUUGUCAAAACAACGGCACGUGCAAUCACGUGACUGGAUGCGUCUGCGCACCUGGUUGGAUCGGCGAUAAUUGUGACAAUAAAUGCCCACCUGGAUACUAUGGUGACCAAUGUCAAACACUUUGCGAUUGUAAACACGGCGGUCAUUGCCACCAUAUUGAAGGAUGUCAGUGCUUACCCGGAUGGAAGGGUCCUGAUUGUAGCGAUCCUUGUAACCAUGGCUACCAUGGCGAGGGCUGCAAUCACAUUUGUCCGAGUACGUGUUCAGAAAAUGGUGCUUGUGACCACGUGACAGGCACAUGCUUGUCAUGUCCAGCAGGAUUGACAGGCUCGUUGUGUGACAGUUCCUGUCCAGAAGGGUUCUAUGGGCCUGGGUGCAAUGAAAUUUGUUCCUGCGUUGUCAACCAUCUUUGUGACCCGGUCACAGGAGUUUGUAUCGUGUCCUCCACAUUUCUGUCGACCCAAUCGGUGACACAGUCUGUUGAAGAAGGGCUCUCUGAGGUUCGCACUAAAAAUGAGUUCACCGAGGUCCGGCCAAGAAGUGAGUUCUCAGAGGUCCGACCAAGAAGUGAGUCAUACCGCACAACUAUGAUCACACAAGUAGAAAAGAGCAAAUCAAACCAGACUGCAACUUUUCGGUCUUCUGGCAUCACACAACUUUCCAAAAAAACAGAUAAAAUAACUGAAAGACAAUCGGAAAGAAAAACGUUGUUUAGGACUACUCCCAGCCAAGUCAUUCUGUCCAGCACCAUCAAGGAAUCUGAACGAGAAGAGUCUACGACACGCAUGCACAGUGAAACCAUCUUAACGAGUCCAACAGUCGCAAAACUCACCAAAACAAGUCUUCAAUCCACUGCCCAUGUUGGAAUAUCUACAACUGACAUGACGUCACUUCCGGGGAGUUCAUCGAAUAUAAUUUCCAAUAUGGUGUCGCCAAAAUUAGCGAUUCCAUCCUACAGCGUAUCACAUCGAAAUGAUGACGUAUCUACAACAACAAUUAGCACAAACAACUUUGACGACGUAGACAUUGACCAAUCAGCUGAGGAGACAAGUGACACCAGAAACAUGCGUGGCACAGUUCAGCCAAUUCAUAACAAAGCGUCUGCCUAUGUGACAAACAGUCCACCUCAUUAUUCAAGAAUGAUUACUGCCGAUACACUUACCAAUCAAACUAUUGAAUACAUAUCGGCAACCCAACUUGACUUUAAAAUGAGAACUAAACCGGAAACCUUCACUGCUAUUGGCUUCGGCACUGAUGUUGGUCAAUUGGCCUCUAAAUCAAAUAAGAAUGUCAGAAUGCAUACUGAUAACCCGAAUGACGAUACUAAUGAAAAUUUAGACAGUACCGAUAUGAUCAAAAUAUUGUCAACGAAAUUGGACAGUACUACUGAUAUCGCCGAUUUAGGCAACAGUACCGAUACGACCAAAAUAUCGUCAACGAAAUUGGACAGUAUUACUGAUAUCGCCGAUUUAGACAGUACCGAUACGACCAAAAUAUCGUCAACGAAAUUGGACAGUAUUACUGAUAUUGCCGAUUUAGACAGUACCGAUAUGACCAACAUAUCGUCAACGAAAUUGGACAGUAUUACUGAUAUCGCGGAUUUUAACAGUAAUGAUACGACCAAGAUAUUGUCAACGGAAUCGGGCAGUAUUGCUGAUAUUGACGAUUUAGACAGUAAAGAUAUGACCAUGAUGAUAUCGUCAACGGAAUCGCAUAUAUUGGAUAAAACUGGAAACGAUCACACGCUUGGUUUUCACAAUGAAAAUGUCGACCAAUCACGAUCUGUGUCAGAGUCCGUUUCAAGUCGCGCGCCGACAAUUUUUGAUGGUUUCGAUGAAUCAUCUGGCUGGCAAACAGGAACUGACGACAUGGAUAUCAGUACUUCCGGCGACUCAGACAGUUUUAUAAAAACGAUAUCGCAAAACAGACCAUCCAGUGUUAGUAUGGUGGAGACGACACUGGUUACUCGUAAUGCCAUUGUCACCAUGGAUACCAAACAACUAAUUAGAGACAGUAAUAAAGUAUCAAACUCCUAUAAGUCUGACGCGCUGAUUCUGUCGAUUCUUGUGUCCGUUCUGGUCUUUCUUGUCAUCGUUGUCGUUGUAUUUGUGUAUCUUCUGUUUCAAAAAGACAUCAUUUCAAAAUGGCGACAUGAAAGGAAUGGUUCGUGUAGCAGUUCCCGUAAAUCAGUGGUCCUUGAAACAUCCCCUGGUAACCAUGGUAACAAUGACAGGGAAGACUUGGCCAGAAAUUUUGUAGAAACGUCAUUUUCCACAUUCCUGUCACCAGUCGGUCAGCAUUCGUGUAGUGCCCAAGAUGGCGAUGAUAUAAUGUGUAUCUGUUGCGGUGAUGACGACUCUGUCUCGGGUAUUGGAGUGACAUCCGCCACCAACUACAAUCACCCCCACUAUGCUACGACUGCCUCAUCCGUGGAUUCUGGUGUGGGUCACGAGGAACGUAAUAACGCACCAUCAAUAUUCGUGGGAGACAUAAACGCCGAGUCUGCGCAUGCUCCAGCUCCAAAACCUUUCAAGCAGUCUGAUUUAUAA